CGCUGGGCACAGCCGGACACCUCCCGAGGCAGCCGGGCCGUGCGGGCAGCGCUGACCCCAGCCGAGGAGGAUGGAGCCUGGUGCCGUGCUGAUCACGGGCUGCCUUCUUCUCCUCCUCUUCCUCCUCCUCUUCCGAGCCUCGGCGGGCCAGGGCCCCGGGCGCCUCCCCCCGGGGCCAACCCCCCUGCCCGUGCUGGGGAACCUGACCCACAACGUCCUCCCGCUCUAUCAAUCCUACCGCCGGCUCUGCCAGGAGUACGGCCCCAUCUUCACCGUCUGGCUGGGCCCAAGGCCCACGGUGGUGCUGUGCGGGUACGAGGUGGUGCACGAUGCCUUGGUGGAACACAGCGAGGAAUUCAGCGGCCGGGCGCCCAUCCCCUUGCUCAAGCAGCUGGACCAGGGGUAUGGAUUAGUUAACACCAACGGCGAGCGCUGGAGGCAGCUGCAUCGGUUCACCCUCACCACCCUCCGGAACUUGGGCAUGGGUAAGAGGCUGCUGGAGCAGCGGGUGCAGGAGGAGGCGCAGCACCUCACCCGAGCGGUGGCUGAGAAACAAGGGCACGCAUUCGACCCGGUGCCCGACCUCACCCGGGCCGUCGCCAACAUCAUCUGCUCCAUGGUGAUGGGGACCCGAUUCAGCAGUGACAACAAGACAUUCCAGGAGCUCCAGCGUCUCAUCCUGUCCUACAUGUGCUACUUCCGCUCCCUCCCGGCGCAGCUGUACAAUACCUUCCCGGGUAUCAUGCACUUCCUGCCCGGCCAGCACCAGCGGAUCUUCAGGGAACAGGAGCGCCUCAAAGCCUUCAUCCAGGCCCAGGUGGCGUCCCACCGGCACAACCUGGACCCCAGCGCCCCCCGCGACCUCAUCGACUGCUUCCUCCUGCAGCAGGCCAAGGAGCGAGGGAAGGAGCAGACGGAGUUUAAGGAUGAGAACCUGAUGGCGCUGGUCAACUCCCUGUUCAUCGCCGGCAUGGAGACCACCAGCAACACCAUCCAGUUUGCCCUGCUGCUGCUCGGCAAGUUCCCGGCCACGCAAGCGCGGGUACAUGGGGAGCUGGACAGGGAGGUGGGCAGGGCCCGGCCCCCCGCCCUGGAGGACCGGCUACGGCUGCCCUACACCAACGCCGUGCUGCAUGAAAUCCAGCGCUACGUCGACAUGGUGCCCAUGAGCCUGCCGCACGCCACCACCCGCCCCACCCCCUUCCGGGGGUACCUCAUCCCGCAGGGAACGACCAUCAUCCCUCUCCUCGCCUCGGUGCACUUCGACCCAGCCAGCUGGGAGACCCCGGAGGAUUUUAACCCGGGUCAUUUCUUAGAUGAGAACGGAGCAUUCAGGAAGAGAGACACAGCCAUGCCCUUCUCUGCAGGGAAGCGUGCGUGUCCCGGGGAAGGGCUGGCCAAGGCAGAGAUCUUCCUGUUUAUAACCACCCUGCUGCAGAGCUUCACCCUGGAGCUGCUCGCAGACCCUGGGACCAUCGACUUGGCCUUGCUGCGAAGGGCUUUCCGCGGCCAGGGCCUCUCCUACGAGCUCCGUGCCAUCCCACGCCCAGCGUAGAGCGGGGCAGGGAGAGAAGGAGCCAGACCCAGGUGUCUUCCAUGCUGGGGUCAACCUGGAGUCACAUCAGUGCCCUCUGGGCCAGAUCCUGAUCUCAUUUACACUGUGGUGCACAUCCAGAGUCACUCUCCUUUCACACCAAUUCACUCUCCUUUCACACCAAUGCUCCUGGGGCCAGAUCCGGAUUUCAUUUACACUGUGGUGCACAUCCAGAGUCACUCUCCUUUCACAUUAAUGCUCCUGGGGCCAGAUCCGGAUUUCAUUUACACUGUGGUGCACCUCCAGAGUCACUUUCCAUUCACACCAAUUCUCUCUCCUUUCACACCAUUGCUCUCUGGACCAGAUCCUGAUCUCAUUUACACUGUGGUGCACAUCCAGAGUCACUUCCAUUCGCACCAAUUCUCUCUCCUUUCACACCACUGCUCCUGGGGCCAGAUCCUGACCUCAUUUACACUUGGGGUAAAUACUCUGCUGACUUCACUGGAGUAGGAGCCAGACUGGAAUUGCAGUUACAGCGAGUGUAAAUCUGGAACCCCUUCCUGGAUGGCAGCGGAGUCGCUCCGGAGUGACUGAGAUCAGAAUCUGCCUUUGUGAAUUCAGAUCUACACACCCAUGAUGCACAAGCCAGCAUGCAGCUGGGCCAUAGCGCUGUGGGGCCCAGCUGUUCAGGGCUGGAGCCUGAACCCCUGAGUUCUAGUCCUGACCCUACCACUGGCCUGCUUGGGCAAGUCACAUCUCGGUUCUGUGCCUCAGUUUCCCCUCCUUAAUAAUUGACUAACCCCAAUGAUAACUAACCCUGGCACUGCUGGGCUGUGGUCAGCGCGUUUGAACCUGCUUUGCCUAGUGCUGAAUUCUUCUGGAUGUGUUUCCCCGAGAGCCGUCCUCAGCGCUUGGCCAUGGUUUCUCUGUCUCACGCACGCUGUCUGCCUGUACCUCGCUUGUAGAAAUGCCCUGGGGGUGUUUCUCAGAAUUGCAGCCCGCUGCGCUUCCAGAAAAUCGACUGACACAAUAAACGGAAGAAAAGACCAGAA